AAUGAUCUGUGUAGUAUCCCCACAGAGAUUGGGCGCCUAUGGAACUUGACACUCCUCGACCUGUCCAAGAACAGCCUCACCUCGUUGCCGGACUCGAUCCAACAGCUCACGCGACUUGUCGAUCUCAAGCUGUCCUUCAACUUUCUCGAGAGCCUCCCUACAAACAUUGGGAAGCUCACCAAAAUGAAGUCGCUCUACCUCAACAGCAAUCGUCUAAGCCGGAUCCCUGCUGAAAUCGGAAACAUCAAGGGUCUGGUCCAUUUGGAUCUGAGAGAUAAUCCGAUCUCGGUUCUCCCCGCUGACAUUAGUCAGCUCCAGUAUCUGACACAACUUCGCCUAGAUCGUUGUCCGCUUCUGCUUGAAUUUGUGCACUCGCCUUUGCAUUCGCCGCCGACGCUGCUGGAACUGGCUGCAAGAGUGGUCGUGCGGCACAACAUGGGUGUCCCUAGGGUAGUUCCCUUCCACUUACGGGCCCACCUCAGGACGGCCCAGCGCUGCAGUUUCUGUCAUGGACCCUAUUUUGAAUCAUCGUUCAAGCGUGGCAGGAUGAUCGAGAAGAACGACAGACUCAUACCUCUCGAAUACACCCUUUGCACCCCACACUGGAAUACAAACACGGAGAGGGUCAGGCUGCUGUUUGGACCACGACCGAUAACCGCACCA